UCAUAAAAUAAAAGAGUUUUUUAAAAAAUGGACUAUUCAAAAUUGAGGGUUAACACCAAAGUUAAGAACGAGAGCUUAGAGUUGGAUGAGCCAGCAAGUCCAACUACUGAAUACUUUUUGAGUGAGGUGGUAACACUCUACGUUCUUGGUUUUAUGGAGUUGGAAAUUCCUGUUGAUUUUUUAACUAUCUUUGAUUUCAUCAAGGAUGUCUUCGCUAAAGCUCAUCCCCGUUUUUAUUCUAUUGUGAUUCGAGAAAAAGACCCAGGACAACUACGGAAAAAACAAUCGACAGCAACGAUAUUUAUCAACGUUAGGAGUAUGAAGGGAAAUUUUAACGCAGAAGAGAUGCGCAAAGGAAAGUUAUUUGGAAAUAGAAUUACAAAUAUUGAAGUACCAUUCCCACAUUUGGAGGAUAUUGAUCUUAUAAAGCCACUCCAAUUUAUCAAGAAAGCACACAAUAUUAUCAAAAGGAAGAGGAAUGGUGCACUUGGUCUCCAUCUCAUGGCUGGCCUGCUUGAGGUUAUAAGGACAAUUGGAGGCCUAAAGGCUGCUGCACGAACACUUGAACGAAGAUGGAAGAAUUGUAGCUUUGCAAUCACGAAUAUGAUUGGGCCAACUGACCAAGUUAGUUUUGGAAACCACCCUAUCAAUGGCUUUUACUUCGUACCAACUGGAAUUAAUAUGAGUUUAAUAGUGUCCGUGCUGACCUAUAUGGAUAAUAUAAGACUUGGUUUUGUUGUUGAGAAUCGCUUCAUUGAUCCCCACAAGUUUAUGCCGUGUGUUGAAAAGGCGUUCCAAUUAAUUUUCGAAGCUGCAACAACUACUUCAAAAUUAUAAAUAUGUUUUAUAUAUUUAAGUAUAUAUAGAAAAUUCUUCUCUACUCUAUUUAAUUUUUAAUAUUUUCUUUAUUGUACUCAAUUGGUUUUGAGUUUUUCAUGCUACCCACCAAUAAUAUAUAUGAACGGGUUCAUAAAUAAUUCAUAAGGAGAAAGUUUGUGUAUAAGUAAAGCUUGUAUAAGUAAUA